CCAUUACAUCAAAAAAAGACUUCCAAGCCCCCUUUUGCGAGAAAUUUCAAAGUCAAUUCGCCUAGAUAUUGAUGAAAAAUGGGGAAGAAGGGAAGGAGCAAGAAAAAUAACCAAGACAAACAGAGGCAUGAUCUAGAUGAUGAUAACCCGAGAAACACUUCAGCUUCCAGUAAUAAUAGUAUGGACCCGAAUGAUUUCAUCAGUCAUUUACCUGAUAACAUCCUUCACCAAAUCAUUUUGUUCCUCCCUGUUCAAUCCGCUGUCCUAACUUCUUUCCUUUCAACUCACUGGAAACACCUCUGGAAAGAGGCUUUGUUGGAACCAGUCCAUGAUGUAGUAACAAUGGAAGCUGCUAUUGAAGCCAUAAAAAGCUUUCUUGAUGAUUUUGACACACACUAUAGGCCUAGAAAUAAGUGGGGUUUCAUAUUUGAGUUGGGUCAUGGAAGAGGCAUCUUAGUUUCUAGCAUUUCCAGCAAUGGUUCACUUAAACUUGAUUUCUCAGCUAGUAAACCAGAAUUUCCAAGGCCAUUUGAUUUGCUUUUGAAGCUGGACCUUGCACCGCCUAACGCUUAUUGGUGGCUGCUUGAGGAAAAUCACUCCUUGCAAACCCAACAACCACCUUCAAACACAACGAAAGUAAAAUCUUUGCAUCUCAUAUCAGUAAGCCACCUUUCUAAUGUGGCCGUUUCGUCUUUGUUGCCAAAUUUGCCAUUUCUCAGAAGCUUGACUAUCGCCAAAUGCAAUGGAUUACAAUCUUUACAGAUAAAAGAGGCCAAAGCGCUUCGUAAAUUAGUGGUCCUCGAUUGCCCCCAUUUACAAUCUCUCAGUUUUGAAGGUUCCAAUUUAAAAUCUUUCAGAUAUAGAGGCAAGUUAGUGUCUUUUCAGUUUAGAGACAACAGUGCUUUUUGGGGCGACUGUUGGUUCUUCUUGGAAGACGUCAUGGUUGAUAUCAGACAAGGUUCUCUAACGCAGUGGACAUGGGACUUUGAGACGGAGACUUCCUUUUUCCGUCAUCAUUAUGGUCUCUGUAAAAGAAAUCAUUGGGGCUGCACCAGCAAGUAUACAUGCUUCAACUCAAUUUUGAGAAGCAUUAAGAAUGUCAAAUCUCUAACAAUAUGCAGAUGGUUUUACGAGACAUCGAUAUGCAAGAAGUUACCCUUCUCAAGUAGACACCCUGAAUGUUAUUUGAGUCAAUUAAAAGAGCUUUGGUGGAUUGAUUGCUCAACGGAAAGAGAAUCAAUCAAUGCCUUACUUUGCUUCCUGAAGUUGUGUCCUAAAUUAGAAAGACUUUAUGUUACACUUGAUCCAAAAAGCUAUAACCUGCCCAGCACUGGAAAAUUCUCUGCUUUAGUCACUGUUCCUGAUAAGCUCUAUGAUCUCAAAGUUGUGAAACUAGAAGGAUUUGCAGAUGAAGAGAAAGAGAAUUUCAUUGCCAGACGACUGAUACCUUUAUUCGGAGAAACUAAUCCAGUUAUUAUAUCAAAAUCAAAAGGGAAAUGUUUGAAACAUCUGGUGAAAAUAGCCAAGUUGGAGAAAAAAGGGAAGUAUCCUUACAAGUUUAAAAUGGUUAAAAAUAUUGAUGAAAAGUUUCUGGAUCAUGUUCACAUGAAGCUUUAAUUUCCAGUCAAGAAUAGCCAAUUUCAGUUCUGUAACUCAUGAAUAGUGAUUAGGAAAUGAUUGGCUUUGGUUUCUGUUGGAAUUUUUUUUUUUCUGAACUAUGGUUGGAAAUUGAGUUGUUUUUGCAGUAAAAGGUCGUGAUUUUUUUA